AUGUCCGACCCCGAGUCGUCCGCGCCCCUGCUCCCCACCUCCCACCCUCACCCUCGGCCUCACAGCGCGCGUCACCACCGCCCCGCGCCGUUGCGGCAGCGGCGCGAACAACACCACGACAUCCGCAACGGCGGCGGCGGCGGCGAUGACGACGAUGACGGCAGUGCGGCCGCCGCCGUGGCGGGCGCAGAGUUGGGUGUGGCGGGCCAGAACGACGGCUCCCGCGUCGCGCGCUGGCGUCGCGCCGGGCGCCGCAUGCUCGACUCCCGCAGGAAGCACUUCCUCGUCAUGGGCGUCGUGACCCUCGACGUGGCCGCCCUUCUCGCAAACGUCUUCAUCCAGCUCAUCGCCUGCGAGAUGCACCAGCGCCACGAGCCCUGGGUCCUCGCCGUCACCGACGCCCUCGAGACGGCCGGGCUCGUCUUCAGCUCCCUCUUCAUGCUCGAGCUUGCAGGCUGUCUCUUUUCCUUUGGAUUCAGCUACCUCGGCUCCUGGUUCCACCUCUUCGACUCGGCCGUCAUCGUCCUCAGCUUCGCCAUUGACAUCAGCUCGCGAGGCCUCACCGAGAGCAUCGGCUCCCUCGUUGUCGUCCUGCGCCUGUGGCGCCUCGCCAAAAUCUCGGAGGAAGUCGUCAUGGGCGCCACGGAACGCAUGGAGCUGCUGGAGGAGCACAUCGACGAUCUCGAGAGCGAGAACAAGCAUCUCAGGGAUCUGCUUGUCCACGCGUCGCACCCAAAUGACUGA